AUGUAUGAUUGUAAACCUGUCGCUACUCCAUUGGUGGUAAAUGAGAAACUACAAAAAGAUGAUGGAGCACAAGAAACAGAUGCAUCACGCUACAGAAGUUUGAUUGGAAGUCUCUUAUAUCUCACAGCCACAAGACCAGACAUUAUGUAUGCCACAAGUCUUCUAUCAAGAUUCAUGCAAAAGCCAAGUCAGAUUCAUUAUGGAGUAGGAAAAAGAAUUUUAAGAUAUCUACAAGGCACAAAGGAGUUUGGAAUAUGGUACAAAACCAUGACUAACUCAAGGAUCAUUGGCUACACCGAUAGUGAUUGGGCAGGAUCAAUAGAUGACAUGAAGAGCACCUCAGGCUAUGCUUUCUCGCUUGGAUCGGGAAUAUUCUCUUGGGCAUCAAAGAAGCAAGCAACUGUUGCACAAUCAACAGCUGAAGCAGAAUAUGUGGUUGCUGCUGAAGCAACAAGUCAAGCUAUAUGGCUUCGAAAGAUAUUCAAAGAUAUGAGAGAGAAAAAAAGUGGACCUACUACAAUCAACUUUCCUCCUCGUUCAUCAUCACUACAGCGGGAUUUGGGAUAUACUAACCAAUUUAAAGUCCCACUCACAAAAGCACCACAAGUUCCAUGA